AUAAUAAUUUAUUAAAAAGACUUAUAAGACAUCCUGAUACGAAACAUCAUGAUGUUAUUUUUAUUGUUGGUGAAGAGGGAACAAGAAUUGGUGCUAGUCGUUAUGUACUUUCUGCUGCAUCAGAAUACUUUGAGAAAAUGUUUUGUGGUCAUACAGCCGAAUCAGAAGAUAAUAGACAGGUUGAAGUUAGAUUAGAUUAUAUCCAAUCAAAUUCUUUCCGAGUAUUCCUUCGAUGGUUAUAUGGAGAAUCUUUUGAAGAAGCAAGUUCUACUUUGAGAAAACGAACUGAAGAAGAAAAUUAUGAUUCUUAUUAUUUAGAUUUUCUUGUCAAUUUAUUAAAAAUUACAGAUAUAAGUGGAUGUAAACCACUUAAAGAUAUAGUAGAAAUUACAAUUAUGAAAGAUGGUUGUGUUAAUAUUAAUAAUGUAAUUGAAAUGUCAGAAUGGGCAGAUAAUUGUAAAGCUUUAAAAUUAAAAAAUCAUUGUGAAAAAUUUAUUAAUUUAAAUAGAGGUUUAAUUUUAGAAAAAAGGUUAGAAUUUUGUGAAAAUGCAAUAGAUGAUGAAGAAAGAGAAGAAGAAUCUCAAAUGUUAAAUAUAAUAUUAAAUAAUUAAAAAGGUGAAAAAAAAUAUAUUAUAUUAGGUAAUAUAUUAGGUAGUUUAGUAAAAAAUCGUUAAGAGAUUUAUUUGGUUGAGUUUUAUUUAAA